UACCUCAGUAGAGCCUCAUUAUCAUAAUAAAUUGCUACUUGGCAAAUAUUAAAAAAGGAGGCUGACCGAUGGAUAGUAACUUGACUUUCAUUUACACAUCAUUGAAAUUACAAAUGGCGACUGAAGCGUUGCAUCAGGUACUAGUACAGGGAUAGAGACAGCGAUCUUACAGACAGUUUAGUGUGAGCAUCUUAACUGAGGUGGAAUAUUAGAUUCUCCUGAAUCAUUUUGUGACAAGAAACCUUCCCUUCUUGUAGUCUACAGCUGUGAGUGAGAUCACCAUUGUGAUACAACUGGUGUACAGUUGCCUUUUGUGGAUUGCUUCACUUGUGGGGUGCUGAGACGAUUUUCAAGGGAUAUAAAAAAUUCACCUAUUCCCACAUUACAGUGGAGGUACACAGGAAUUUCUGUAUCGGAUUCAGCUGCAAGUUUAAAUUACUUAUCCAAGAGGUCAUAGUUGCUUGGGAUAAAAACUGAUACUGUAAAAUAACUUGUCUUUGCUUUGCCCUUUGAACAAAAGGUGUUGUCUUGAAUACCACAGUGUACCAUAUCAUACCAGGUUGUACCACACUGUACCAGGUUGUACCAUAUCAUACCAAGUUGAACCAUUGGGCAUUGUAUCAGGUUAAACAGAGGUGUAGCAGGUUGAACCAAGUUCGGGGUUGUACCACAUCAUACCAGGUUGUACCAUACCGUACCAGGUUGUACCACAUCAUACCAGAUUACAAUCAUGAGGAAGAUAAAGUUGAAGGACAAUGAUUUCUCCCUGUUUGACAAUGAUAUAUCUCCCAACGAGUACGAAUUCUUCCAGAAACAUAAGGAGGCUUUCAGGCGGAUGUGGAUUGAUCAGGGUAAAAAAUUUUGGCUUCGCUUUGUGAUCACGUUCCAGUCAUUUUCUGUACAUUAUGGAGUAAUAAAGGAGUUUCCAGGCAAACAAGAUAACUACCAUGAAUUUAUAGAAGAGGCCUUUCGGUACAUCACAGAACACUAUUGUGAAGGAAAAGCCAACAUGGCGAGAAAUCUAGUUUUAGAUGUGGUGGUGGUGGCACAGCACAGGCAUUCACUGCAGUUCUUAGAAUCUAAAUCAUACGCCAAGGAUCCAUUUUACAACAAGGAUACAAGGGAUGUUUUUCGGAGACUCUUUGGUUCUCCUGGGGAUAAAACCUCCUAUGUAAAGGUUUAUUUUUUGCUUCCACUUUACAUCAAAUUUGGUGGUUCUGUUUGCCAUUGUCUGCGGCGCUGGCUGGACGCUCCCGAGACAGAUCCAAUGGACGAUACAUACUGGACUCCCCCCAAAAGUGAAUCAAAUUACUAUAAAUAUGUUGGACAAAAAGAAAAACCUCAAACGGAGGUAGAUCAUGGAAGAUUAGUACCAGUGAAACCUAAAUAUGGGCUGCAUAGUUGUUACUUUUUUCCUGAUGAUUAUGACAUUGAUGUAGAAUGUUACGUACAGGAACGGCUUAAUGGAGCGUACAACAAGCCCUUAUUUGUGCUAGAUUGGGCUCAUGGGGAUCCGCGAUUUUACAAGGAUCCUGAAAAUCCUCUUUACGACCCCACAGCACAACCGGGCACGGACUGGAGAGACAGAAUAAUGUUUCCUGAUUACUAUUAUUUUCGGGAAUAUGUCCACAGAAAGUUUGGACCUGCAACAAAUGUUGACAAUCUUCUUGCAUACGAUUUUAAUGCAAGUCGUCUAAGUGGUAAACCAGAAGUGCGCACAGCAGAACAGUUGCUUCGAAAUGCAGCUGAAUUAGAAAGGAGACGUUUAUUUGAACGUAUUCAGCAUGGGCAAACAUAUGAGGAUUAUAAAAAUAAAAAAAUACUUAAGGAAAAGGAGAUAAUGAAAGAAAAAGAAAAAAUCGAGAAAGAAGAAGCUGCAAAACGUAAAGCGGCAAAAAAGGAAAAAAAGAAACAGGCAAAAUUAGCUCAAGAAUCUGAAAAAAAUAAAGUGCCAUGUGUUUCCUCAGGUGAUGACACCACUUUACCAAAACAAGAUGACAAAGGCGGGAACUCGCCUAUAUCAUCCAAUCAGAUUGGAGAAGCACCGGUCCGAAAGGACUGGAGCAAUCCAACUCCAGAGGAAAUUAGACGUUUCGAUGCCAUUGCCAAAGAUCUGUUUGUGACACCUGAGAACGGUGAGCCGUACAUGGUCAUUGUGGGUCAGGAUCCAUUCAGUGAUGAGCCCGACCCCAGCGGACCAUGUGCGAUGAAGUUGAGCAAGAAAGUGAAUAAGGAAACGGGAGUCAUGGAAAUCAAUGUGGAGAAGACUACUAGUAGUGGAACUGUAAAUGAAAAACAUGUCAAAUAUUUUAACAAGGAAACUCUCCAAAUGUACAAGCCCUCUGAGGUGCCAGAGGAGAUGAAAAAGAAAUACGGGGAACCAGCCAGUGAAUCCUUUAGACUGCGCGGGGACCUCGACUACAAGAUGGUGUCUCAGCUUCAGCAGCUGGAUCUCAACAUUCCCCAGGAGAAACCGCACACGGCUGUGUUCAAGACCGGCCCGAGUAAAGAUGAGGAAGAUGAGAAAAAGUAUGGAAGGAAAAAGAAGCAGCAGUCUGGCGGAGUUAAUAUUACCAUGACCUUCAACACGGAGGAUAAGACUGUUAAUACACCGGAGAGAAAGAAAGCUUUCACUGAGGCCGUCUCUGACCUGAUGAAGAACAACAUGCAGGAGCCUGUCGACUUGCCCAAGGCAUUACUGAACAGGGUGGAGCAGUCCACACGCAGAGAGCAGGCCAGGGAGAGACUGAGGAAGAAACAAAACCAGAAACAAAUGAAAGACUUGAAGGACAAGAUAGAGGAUUGCAAACAGAAAAUAGCUGAAGAAGAGAGGGAGAAAGCCUCUGAAAAGGAUUCAGAAAGCAAGGAAUUGGAAGAUGAAGAUGUGGAAAGCCAAGAUUUGGAGCAGGAUGCCUCACCAGAUGAUGAAGCAGUCAAAAUGAGAAAGGCCACACUGGAGGCGGCUGAGAAAGUCUACAAGGAAGAACAGAAGUUGAGAAAAAAGAAGAAAAAAGAGAGACAGAAACAGAGGAAAAAAACCAAAGCAGAGGGACAGCCAGCUGAAGGUGGCGAUGCCUGUGGCAGCAGUGGACAAGGGUCAAGAGUGGACGAUGGCCAGACAGCCAAGGACAAUGACCAGUCCGUAGAGGACAGUGACUCAGAGGAGGGUAGUGGGUCAGAGGCGGGUGGGGGUGUGGGUGGGGCUGACCAGCAGGUAGGGGAGGAUGGACAGGGGGAUGGACAGAAGAUGGGAAAGAAGAAAAAGAAGAAAGAAAAAGAUGAGGCUGUAAUGACACUGGACGAAGACACCAAGCAGGAACUGGUCAGCAAGAUACUGGACAAGGCAGAGAAGGAGAAGGAGGAAGGAAACGUCAUCCAGUUCAUCCGCCACAUGACAGAGGCAGGUCAGCUGCUCAUGACGGGGAAGGUUGACCCGAAUAACCCAGCAGAAGUGGUGGAUUAUGAGGCAAAGUACACUGACGACCCCAAGCCUAAGUUGGAGUCCACAGUUGGGGAAAAGGAGAGCAAAGAAGUAAAAGAAAAAGAAAGAGAAGUGACCUCAGAGUCCUCUGAAGUAGCUGAGGAUGCCAGCAAUGUGAGGAGCAACUCCCCGAGGACCAGCUCCCCUAACUCUGAGGAAGAGAAGAGGAAGAAUGCCAGAAAAGAGUGUGCAAGCUGUGGGAAUAGGGAACAGACUGCCAAGACAUACAAGAAAUGCCAGAAAUGUAAGCAGGAGAAUGUGAAGAAUGCAAGAUACUACUGUGGUAGGGAGUGUCAAGUGAAAGAUUGGAAAAUAAAGCACAAGGUUGAACACAAGGAAUCCCUGCUGGAGUGAAGAAACAAUAUAGGAUCCCACAAAGAUAGCACUGUACACACCUGUUCAAUGCUGUUAUAAGGGAUUUACAACAUGUUCUGGACAGGAUUUUGAUGGGAAUUCAUCUGUGCCAUUUGUUGAUAACCUAUAAGAUUAAACUUUUUCAGUUUCUACACUAAAUUAAAGCAAACACAAACUGAGGAAGGUCACGGAGUGCCCGAAAGCUUUAUUAGGUAUAUCUAAGUGUAGAAAGUGAAAAGUGAAAUCUUAUACCUGUUCUGGACAGUGUUUAUGUUUGAAACAGAACUUAAGUCCAUAUAAAUAUCAGCAAAUGAUGAAUAAUUUGAUUGAAAUUUGCAUAAGAAAAUGCAGGAAUUUUUUACGCUAACUUUUCAUUGAGUUGGUAGAAAUUUAUUGGCUAGUAAGAGAAAAUUGUGUGCUUCAGUAACCUUAGACAUUAGUUAAAGAGUGGACAAUUUCAAAAAUUAGUUCCUUAGUGUUUGAUCAAGUGUGAUUCUUUGAGCUUAAGAGUCAAAUGUGUAGGAAGGUGCUUAAAAUUAUAAUUAGAUUUCAUUUUUAUUAAAGUUAUUUUCUUUUUCAUCAACACUCGCGAAACAUUUAAUUUUUCAAUGUUAUUCAGUGGUUAAGAUGUCGAAUGUAUUGAGUAACCUGUUUGCUGUGUGUUUUAAAGGCAGAUCAAGAGGGGCACUUGAAUUGUCUUUUUGCGAUGAUGUGCCUAGAAUGCAUAGAUGAGGUGAUUAUUUUCUCUGUACCCCCAUCCGUCUAAUUAAACCGUGCCUCUCCCAAUGCUGAUAAUUCUGCCCCUCAUUAAUUUAUUGAAGUUGAGGGUAUUAUGCAAAUUGGUGCCAGUUUUUUAGUAAAAAAAAUCUUUGAGAAAGUUGGGUUUAUUAUAACAUUUAUUUUCUAAAAUAAAAAAACUGAAUUACAAGUGGCAAAUGCAUUAACUGCAGAUGUCCACAGUAUUUAUAAACCUUAUUAUUAUCAUAUGCAAUUUAAUUAUUUAUCAAAGGUUUUCACUUCUGUUUUUGAUGUUAAUUUUGUCAAUGAUUGUUUUAAUAACAUAAUAGUGGGUUUUUUUUCCAGCUUUAUUAUUCACAUAUUUCAUGGUGGUGGGUGUUAAAUUUGUAAUUAUGAAGUAAAACUUUACCAAAAAUGGUAUUUUGAUUGUUAGUGGUUGACAGUAUCUCUUAAAUAUAAUAAUUCAUUUCUUGAAAUAAAUAUCCUUAUACUGCUUAUCAAUA